UAAUGAGUAAAUGAGUGAAAGUUAAAGACUAAUCUGCCCUUACAAACUAGAAAGUUCCUCCUUUUUUUAUCUCCUUUAAAAUCAACCCAUGGAGUCAUAGGCACAUUCUAUUUUUUCAAUUAGAGAAAAAAAAAAAAAAACACUGCAGCGAAAAUGGGGAGAACGAUAUCAGCGUUACCCACAUUUCUGGUCUAUACGACCUUCGUUUUCACCUUCGCACUAGCUCAGUCCUCCUCUAUUCUUCCACAACCUCAAUCUCUCGCUUCCUUCAUUCCCAACAAUACUCACACCCAGAAUCAAGGGACCUGCUCAUUCACGGUAUCAAUCAAAACGAGCUGUUCUUCACCGAAAUACACUCGCGAUGAAAUCAGCCUUUCAUUCGGCGAUGCAUAUGGAAACCAGGUUUAUGCUCCUCGGCUAGACGAUCCACGAUCGAAGACAUUCGAGCGUUGCUCAACUGAUACAUUUGAGAUAUCAGGGCCUUGUACUUAUCAGAUCUGUUAUCUCUACCUUUACCGGAGUGGUUACGAUGGUUGGAAACCAGAGACGGUCAAACUCUACGGUUAUCACGUCAAAGCCGUUUCCUUCUAUUACAAUACUUUCAUCCCUAACGGCGUUUGGUACGGCUUUAACUUGUGUAACGCCGUCUCUGGUUUAGCUUCCUCCGCUUAAUUAAGCUUUGGUUAAUUAAAUUAAAUUAAAUUACCAAAUAUUAUGUUAUGUUAUUGUUUGUAAGUUUUGUUUGGACUUAUUUUCGUAGAAAUUUCGCCUUUAAUUUUCAAAUGAAUAAUGAAUGUGAGUUAAUAACUGAGCAAAGAAA